AUGCUCCCGUCCACAGCGCCCUACCAACUACUACGACCUAGUAGUAACCGUGCCGCUUUGCGCCGGCUCCAACUCCAACACAUCGGUUUACUUCCCCGCAGCAGCACAACAACAGCCACAGAAACAACAUCAUCACUAUUCCUACGAAAAUACGCCACGACACAAGGCGCCGCCCCGAAACGACGAAACGUGACUGUUCUAUCCGACGACGGACGCUACGAGUGGGGAGAGUUGAGCGGGCGGGAGAAAGUCGCGAGGGCGACGCAGCAGUCGGUGAAUUUCGUGGUGAUUAUUGCGGGGGCUGUGUUGACGGGCGGAGUCUUCUACCUUCUCUUCACGGAGGUCUUUUCCCCGAAUAGCAAGACAUGGCAGUUUGAGAAGGCGGUGGAGCGCAUCAAGGAUGAUGCUCGGUGUACGGAUCUCCUGGGUGAUCGGAGGGAGAUCAAGGCGUAUGGGGAGAAUACGUGGAGUAGGUGGGCGAGGAAUAGGCCUAUCGCGACGUCCGUUUAUCAGGAUAGACUGGGUCGCGAGCAUUUGAAGAUGAAUUUUCAUGUCGAGGGUCCGCUUAAUUCCGGAACUGUGUUUGUGCACAUGAUGAAGCCGUUGAAUGAGCAUCACUGGGAGUAUCAGCUCCUUGCUUUGGAAGUGCCGGGACAUUCCCGGGUUGUGCUUGAAGAAGCGCGCGAGAAGCCUGGUGUUGGACAGGCGCUGAAGAUUUUUGGUAUCAAGUGGCGGUAG